GUUCGGACGGUCGUCAAGUUCAAUAUUCAGCGCUUCAGAAGCCACCAGGAUCUAGUUCUCAAAGGCAUUCAUUAGCAGCCUCAGUCUUCACGCCUCAGCUUUAUAAAUGAUCUUUCCCAAUCUAACGGCCAAGGUCAACCAAAUCCCAGUCAACCUUUCAGCUUUUUGCAAGAGGCGGAGGCGUGGUGAACGUAAGACGGUACGAAAUGUGCCUUCUCACUGCCUGCAAGCUGGCCCGACCGCUUCUGUCGAAGCGCUUGGCACUCAGAGGCAUCCUGCUGCAGGCUGACAUUGAGGUCUCAACCAAGCGGAUCUUUCAUGCGACUGCUCUCAACAGCCGACAUUCGAGCAAUGAUCUAUCACAUUCCUUCCGUGAUCUGCGAGAGGUGAUCGACAAUUUUGGAGCGUCCUGCAAGGCAGCUUCUGGUUCCUCAACUGGGCUCUUUGGGGAGACAACUUUGAAGCACCCUCGAGACUUCCUAACGAUCGCAAGGAAGUCGCAAGAACGAGCUUCCGUCCUGGUACGAAGAAUUACAGAAGCACCCCGCCGUGGCCCAAGGGAAAUGGCUGCUGUAGUUCGUAACAUCGACAGGUUGUCAGAUAUGCUGUGCAAGGUUAUCGACAUGGCAGAAUUUGUGCGAACUGCUCAUCCAGAUCCUGACUGGUCGUCUGCAGCAGAGCAAGCGCAUCAGUACCUCUGCAAUUAUAUGAACGUGCUCAAUACCAGCACUGGCAUGUAUCAAACGCUUGCCGCGGCGAUUCGCGCCCCUGAGGUGAAGUCUCUGCUCUCGCCAGAAGGCCUCCAUGUAGCCCACAUCUUCCUCCAGGACUUCGAAAAGUCUGCCAUUCACCUGCCGGAGCAUGAUCGACAGCGUUUUGUUUCUCUAAGCGACUCUGUCCUCUCCCUCAGUACUGCUUUUUCUCAAAACUUGCAAGCAGGGGAGGGACGGCCGCCAGCGAGGUUCCAGCCUUCCUGGCUAGCUAGUCUUCCGGAACCGAUCCUGCAGGGGAUCAUGGACGAGUCCCUCUGCUUCGAUGGAAUCAUUGAGCUGCGCGCAGAUAGCCCGUAUCUGAUGCAGAUCAUUCGGAACUCAACCAAUGCAUCAGCGCGCGAGGCCGCGUAUCGCUCAGCGUUCGCGAGCGGGAAACCUCAGAAAGCAUUAUUGGAAGCCUUGCUUGAGCGCAGGGCUCAACUGGCGAAGCUAAGUGGCUAUGAAUCCUUUGCUCACAUGGUGCUAAAAGAUAAGAUGGCGCGAGAUCCGGGCAACGUCAUUCGAUUUCUUCAUUCACAACUGUCUUUGAUCUGCGGCAACGUUGAGAAGGAGGUUCAAUUAUUGCUCUCACAGCAACGUCCACAGCUCGGGAGCGCGCGUUUGCGAGCGUGGGACAGAGAAUUUCUUGCUAAUCGCCACAUAGAUCAUUUCAGCCCACCGACGACACCUCUAUCCCAAUUCUUCAGUGUGGGCACAGUUUUCAGUGGUAUCAGCCGACUGUUUUCGCAUCUCUUCGGAAUGCACCUCCAGCUGGUGCCUUCCGCUGCAGGUGAAGUCUGGUGCAAGGAUGUUCUGAAACUGGAGGUCAUCGACGAGGAUGCAGGCGGCCCAGUAGGCGUGAUAUACGCUGAUCUCUGGAGUCGUGCUGGAAAACCGAGUGGUGCAGCACAUUUUACUGUGCGCUGCUCACGUCGGGUAGAUCUCGAUGAGGAGCAAGAUGAUAUCGACAGCGUCUUUUCUGGGGGAGACCUCCCCACGCUGUCGGACUCACCCUUCACUGGUCAGCCACAGUGUACGAAUGACCGCGAAGGGCUGUACCAGCAGCCAAUUGUGGCGCUGUUAUGUGACUUUCGCCGACCUUCAGCAGGUAACUCUCCCUCUUUCUUGCAAUGGCCUGAAAUCGAGACAUUAUUUCACGAGAUGGGCCACGCUCUACAUUCGAUGGUGGGACGUACCGAAUUCCAGAAUGUAUCUGGUACUCGGUGUGCCACAGACUUUGUCGAAGUUCCUUCAAUACUCAUGGAGCACUUUCUUACCGACCCGAGUGUGCUGCCCUUAUUUGCGCGGCAUUACUCAACGGAUCAGCCACUACCUUAUGAGCAUCUUCAAAAGCACCUCCACUCGGCAUCGCAAUUCAAGCAUCUCGAGAGAUACGACGAGCUUUUGCUAUCAUUGCUUGACCAGAGGCUCCAUUUGCGAUCCCCGGAGGAUAGCAGAUUCGACAGCACGUCAACUUUUGAGCAAGCCCAGGAAGAGGCUGCACUACUCACGCCCGUACAAAAUUUGGACUGGCAAGGCCGCUUUGCCCAUCUUGUUUCGUAUCCAGCAUCGUACUACUCAUACCCACUGGACAGGGCCAUAGCUUCAGCACUUUGGGAACAACUGUUCAGACCAGAUGCCCUUUCAAGGCGGCAGGGUCAACUCUACAAAGAAUCGGUCCUGGCGCCGGGUGGAGGUAAAGAUGCUCGUUCCCUAAUUCAAAGCGUCCUCCCCACUUGGAAUGACCUACAGUGAUGCACAGAGCGACGAUGGCCUUUGCGCGUGAGUUUUGUUGCCUUGCUUCAUCCAGCUUCAGCGUUUAGCAUGUAUCUUUAAGGAGCCAUGUCACACAAUAAGAACCUCUGCC